AGUCGAGAUGAUGGCUGCUCUUGUCCGCAUCUUUGUAGCCCUGGCGUCCGUGAUAUCCUACGGUGUCACCCUAUCCUUUGACCAACCUGACUUGCGGUAUAUCAAACUCUACUACGACAACAAGCCAGACAGCCCCUUCAAAGAGUUCCUGGACUACUCCUCCAACACGAGCGUCCAGGGCGUCGACAACACCAUCCAACGCGCGUGUUAUUCGGGCGUUUGGCUGUUGUACAACCACUACGACUACGACUACAACGUGGAAAGAGAUGUAUACUAUUUGUAUGGCCUCGACAGGUGCUUCAACUUCUCUUCUCCACAGUCUGUACUUUCGCUGCGAUAUGCAGGCAGUCCAUCUGCUAUGAACGACGUAUACUUCACCUUGUACGAAGGAGAUAUUUUCUCAGGGAAGGAAUACAAAAGCAAUGCCAAUUCACCUUCCUUGGGAGACCUGGACAUGAAAGUGUCAUCGCUCGUUGUGAACGGGCAAUCGCCAUGGACUUUUUUUACGGGCCUGCAGUUCACCGGGGAGGCCGUGUGCGUGUAUCCGGUCGUUAUUUCUGGCAGCAAUAACAUUUACCUGCAUCACGAGGAAUUUCAAUCGAUGGAUCACAUGGGCUUGCCGGACAACUCGAUUAAAUCGGUGGCCAAAGGCUGCCUUUCCAGCAAAAUCUACCGGGGUGAUCGCCAACAAGUGGAGCAUACGAAAAUAGCCAGGUGGAGCAACCACGAUCACAUGGAGCAAAAUGACCAAAACAUCCUUCAAACUGACCGUGGAGGACUGGAUCUCAACCAGGAGGACCAUGAAGAUCAUGAUCUCCUUCAGGUGGAUCAUGUGGAUCUUGAUGUCCAUCGAGCAAAUAAUGGGGAUGUGGAUCCACGCCAUGCGGCCCAUGGAAGCUUGCAACGUCGUGGCGCGGAGCACGUAUAGAACUAACGUUUCAAAGAAGAAUUAUGUACUUCAUGUUAUUUUAGAGGAUACCUUCAAUAUGUUGAAAGGAUUUUUUGUACACUUAACUAAAUUUAGCAUGCAAAUAAAUUCCGGUCCAAUUAAUUAAUUGGAAUUCGUGUUCACUUCACGCCCCACGAGGGAAGACUUUUGAACAUUUCUGUACUUGCAAUGAUUAGUGGCAGUAAUACAGCAAAAAGACCUUAUAUUUUUGCCG